GGAAACUCGAGGUUGAAAAAAGUGGCCUAAAGAUAAAGUUAAACAUAACCCGAGUUGGAUUAGGAGAGGACCAAGUAAGUAAAUCAAUCAUUUGCUCAGGAAGACAUAAGAUAUAGAAUGAGUUACCAUAAGAUGAGGUAAAAAAUGACCAUAUAUUUUAAGCCAUCGGACAUCAUGAUAUCAAACGGGCUGUUUUCUAGUUAUCAACAUCUUGUAAGCAUGGAAGGUUUACUGCGCUUGACAAUAUUACUCCGCGAUGAUGAUUGCAUUUGUUAGCAAUGCUAUAGGAUUUCACCAGAGCUGUGGCAUUAGCAAAUGGGACUGUUUGUCAAUUUGUGCUGGGUGUUGUGUCUAAGCCGUUGUGUUUAGGUCUGUUGGCAUGUGUCACUGUUUACUGAUUAGAAUCAGCCUUAGAAAUUCAUUGAUAAGAACUGCUAUAAUCAGAGGACUAAGCACAUCUUCAUCAGUAGAUCACAAGAUACAAUGUUUCUUUGAAAAUGGAGCUAGAGAUUCUCUUGAAAAACAAUGUAAAAUGUUACUAAGUGAUCCUACGCUGCAGAGAAUUCAAAGAUCUGCCCGUGUUACCAAAAAGUGUGCUGGUGCUCUUGUCCCUAUAUGUAUUGUUGAAGAAAGACCAUCACUGCUUUUUACAGUCAGAUCGCAUCAUCUGCCAAACCACAGAGGUGAAAUAAGUUUUCCAGGAGGGAUGAAGAAUGACCAAGAUCUUUCGAUUGAAGCUGCUGCCUUAAGGGAAGCUGAGGAGGAGUUAGCUUUGGACAGAAAUUCCAUUAGAAUUCUUUCAUCACUAGGCCCAUUUUUAAACCGGAAGGCUACAAUUAAUAUAACUGCAGUGUUUGGGUAUGUUGGUGACAUUGAUGUUUCUAAGCUGAAAUUUAGUGACAAUGAGGUUACUGAAGCUUUUACUGUUCCUAUAGCUGACUUGUUGUUGGAUGGUAAUAACAGAUACACAAUUUUUAGGAAUGGAUGGAAGCUUCCAGUAUUUUUGGCAAAACAGUAUCAUAUAUGGGGAAUUACUGCAAGCAUUACUGAUACCCUCCUCUCGAUGAUUACUCAUAUCAAUUACGAACGUAAAUUCACUUUUCUUCGAAAUAAUAUACAAAACUCUUUUUGCGAAGUCAAAUCAAGCUAAUAUUUUUAGAACAAGUAGAAUGGUUGUGUGAAACACAAGUAAAAAGUGUGAAUAAAUAAUUUGUAUUCUUAAAACUCUAUUUUUGGUUGAAAAUUAUAUUCUUAUAAAUUUAUGCAAAAUGACUGGCAAGCAC